AUUUGGUUUACAGUAUUUACGUUACGUUCAUAUAACAAGUUACAUUUAGCUGCUUUCUGGAAAAGUUUCAAUACAACAUCCUGAGCUCCGAAAGGAUGACUGCCACACUUAUAUGUCUGGAAAUACUUAAAGACGAUUUUUUUCAAUGAUGAUACCAGGGGUACAGGAAAGCAAUCGAGUUUUUUGUUGAUCAUGAACAAAAGUGAGAUAAUACGAAAUAUCUAACCAAGGUUUCAUUAAAACUACAGAAAGUCCCCACUGUAACCUCUCCACAUGUUAAUUUUCUCGGUCAUCAUAACGUAGAAUCAUACGUAGAAAAAAAGUAAUUCGGCAGGACCUAUGACAAUGGCAAAGUAUUUGACGGCUUCAUAUUUUGAAUUAUUGAGUAUAUUGUUGAUAUGGAUUCUGGGAUUCUGCAGUGGGCAUGGGAAGGACAAUUCAACCGUGCAAAUACCUCUCUUGGAUAUUCAGCAUGUGCCGUUGGUAGCCUUGUUCGACACGACAAACCUCAACAAAGUUUUAACAACGUAUAUCACUUCAACUGUAGAAAAGACAACAGAAGACAAAAUUUCCAAUAUGAAAAAUGAUCUUUUGAAAGAUAUCAACAAAGACCUCUCAAGGACAGACGAAAAACCAGCCUUCUCAGCAUCGAGGACUUCGUCAAAAUCACUCGGACUGAACGAAGUUCUAACUUUUGAUAAAGUAUGGUUAAAUAUUGGGAACGGAUACGAGCCUUCAACUGGUGUGUUUACAGUACCAAAAGAUGGGAUCUACUUUAUAUCAAAUACCGUUAUGUCAACAAAGGGGAAAUUCCUACACUGUCACCUUUGGAGGAACAAUGAGUCAAAUGUUGGAUCAUUCGGAACAGAUUACUCAUCCGGAACACUGAAUACCGUGAUGGCAUUAAGAAAAGGAGAUACAAUCUAUAUAAAACAUGAUGUAUAUAAUAAUGAGUCUAUAUAUGGAGGUCAUUGGUCUAUGUUUUCUGGAUAUCUUAUAAAUUGAAAUUAAUAUUUGCUCCUAAAUAAAAUUCUAAUCUUUGUGGUGCUAUUUUUGUUGGACAUACUAGUAUACGGUUGUCUACAAUGGGGUUUAGUUUGAAAUAUGACCACUGAACGAGGAAUAUGUAGUGAAGUUGCAUUUAGGCAUUUGAAUUACGAAAUAAAUGUUUUUUGUACUU